ACUCACUUAAUCGUGAUAAAAAAUGUCUUGGUUCCAAACUACUUAACGAAAUAAAGAGUCGUGGCAGCUAUUCUUAAAAUCAUUUAGAAGCGCGGCUCUUGAAAAGUUCUUCAUCGAAAACACCGCGAUUCGAAUUGUCUUACAAAAUGAUUUUUUCAAUAUUUCUUUAAUGACAGCACUCCGGAGAAAUAUUCGGAAUCAAGCAUUUGUCACUUUUCUUUUUGUGGUCCAUCGUGCUGCACCCGUAUCGGCUGUGUAGGUCAUAACACAUAGUUUUUUGAAGCGUUAAUCACUCGGUCAACGAUGCCACAUCGGUGGGGAGUUUCGCGGUCCUAUCGAAGGAAGCCGAACCCCUUAUAAAAAGGCAGAUCGACACCGCGGUCCGUCAGUCCAACGAGAUCCACUGAUUUCUCCACACUAAUUCCCAGAUUUUUUGCCCAGAUUGUUUCUUCGAGUGUCUUUUACAACUUUCGAAGAUAUGUCUGCGAACGAACCGUUGGUCAUUGAGUCGGUGCACAUGUACGAGAAGGAGAAUGCCACGGCUCAUCAUACGUGUACAUUCGAGCUGGUCCACCUGGAGCCGCCGACGCCGGUGCUUCGACGCGGUCAGACUUUCAAUGUUGCGCUGCGUUUCAACCGCGAGUACGAUGCAGACACGGACAUUGUAAGAAUGCUCUUCAGCUUCGGUGAGAAGCCAAACGCGAUGCGAGGCACCCACGGUGUCAGCACCGUCAACAAUCGGGGCUCGUACCUCUCCGAUUUAGAAGCUUGGGGCGUGAGGCUCGUCGGAGCCAACGGAAAGGACCUUUCGCUCGAAGCGCGCAGUCCGGUCGACAGUCCAAUCGGGGUUUGGUCUCUGAACAUUGAAACUACGAUUUUGGGCCGGCGGAGAUCACCCAAUACGUACAAACAUGACAGAGACAUUUAUCUGCUCUUCAAUCCGUGGCUCAAGGAGGAUCUCGUGUAUAUGGAAGACAAGCAAUUGUUGGACGAGUACGUUCUGAACGACGUUGGAAAAAUUUGGGUCGGACCUUACGGCAGUUCCCGAGGUCGGGAGUGGGUCUUCGGCCAGUUCGACGCUUGCGUACUUCCCGCCUGUAUGCUCAUGUUCGAAAGAUCCGGACUCAAAACCGUGGCCCGUGGAGAUCCAAUCAAAGUGUCCCGAGCCAUAUCAAGGGCCGUAAACGCGAACGACGACAACGGGGUGAUCCUGGGCAAUUGGAGCGGUGAAUACGAGGGCGGAACCGCACCGUCCGAAUGGACCGGAAGCGUGCCGAUUCUCGAAGCCUUUUUGGAAACAGGUCAGCCGGUUAAUUUCGGUCAGUGUUGGGUAUUCGCCGGCGUCGUCACGACCGUUUGCCGUGCUCUCGGAUUGCCCUCGAGAGUCGUUACCAAUUUGGUUUCCGCCCAUGACGCCAACGUCACCCUUUCGAUCGAUCGCUUUUACGACGAAAACAAUCAGGAGCUCGAAACGGAUCCGACCAAUGAAAAAGACGAUGCCGAUUCGGUGUGGAACUUCCACGUGUGGAAUGACGUCUGGAUGGCCAGACCCGACCUUCCCAAAGGCUACGGAGGCUGGCAAGCCAUCGAUGCCACACCGCAAGAAGAAUCCGACGGCAUCUACCAGUGCGGUCCAGCGUCCGUUGAAGCCAUACGCCAAGGAGUCGUCGGAUACAACUACGACGUGACUUUUAUGGUUGCUACGGUCAACGCGGAUCUCAUACGUUGGAAAGUCGAUCGUUCCACGGACUUCGGAUACUCCAAGAUCGAUUCCAAUAAAUAUCACAUCGGCCGUAUGAUUCUCACUAAAGAACCUUGGAUUUUUGAUCCGAAUGGUGAUAAAGACAGGCAAGACAUCACCAAUGUGUAUAAAGCACCCGAAGGCACCGAAGCGGAACGUUUGAGCCUUUUACGAGCGGUUCGUAGUACCCAAAGUGCUAAAAAAUAUUAUUCCCUUCCCGCCCCGAAUAAAGAGGACGUCGAAUUCGAUUUGAUUGAUAUCGAAAGAGUGAAAAUUGGUCAACCGUUUACUGUGACGGUCAACAUAAAGAACAAGUCGACCGAGCGGCGCACUAUUUCAGCGAUUUUGUCUGCUGGAAGUGUUUAUUACAACGGCGUCAAGGCCAACGUGGUGAAAAAGGCAUCCGGUGAAUUCACCAUUCAUCCAAAUGCCAGCGAACAACUUCGAAUGUCCGUAACCGUUGACGACUAUCUUGACAAACUGGUCGAAUACAGCAUCAUGAAAUUAUCGGUCAUAGCUACAGUUAAAGACACCAAUCAGACUUGGGCGGAUGAAGAUGAUUUCCAAGUGAUCAAACCCACCAUCAAAGUUGAGAUCGAUGGCGAACCCGUUGUCGGUAGACCUGCCACGAUAACGCUCAGUUUCGUAAAUCCCCUUAAGAAGACACUUACCAAUUGCGUUUUCAACUACGCCGGUCCCGGUCUCUCGAAAAACAAAAAAAUUCAAUUCCGGGACGUCGCUCCCGAGGAGGACGUCAGGGUUGAGCAUCAGCUGGUUCCACAAAAGGCGGGACCCCAGAAGAUCAUAGCGACGUUUACGUCCAAACAGUUGACCGAUGUCACCGGAUCAGCAGCCAUUGACGUCUACGACGAAUGAACUUUCAUUUUCCUACUUAAAUACCGAGCACACCCUUUUUACUAUAACUCGAUUUAUGCACUUUGUGCUCAACAUUUGCGUCGACGCUCAAUGUAUAUUUUACAGCUUCGAACUGAGUUGCUGAGUCUUCCCAGUCUGCUUUUGUUUUGCCGGAAAUAAAUCGACGUACGAUAUCUUCAACUUGGCCACUCUUCUACAAUAAAACUUGACUUUUCUAUUUUUUAAAUGAUUUUAAUCGUUACCAAGAAUUGUUACUCCUAAAAAGUGUCUCGUUGUAAGAUUAAUCCCAUACAUCAAUGGGAUGAAAUAAAAACGUUUUGAAAAGUC